AUGAGCGAAUUAUCAAAUGAAGUGACCGAAAUAGGAAAUUCUGAAUUGAAUAAUGAUUCAAAAGAUAUCAAUAAUGAUGAUGAGAUACUAGAUUAUGAAGACGAUGAUUACGUGAAGGAGAAUACAAAUAAUGAUAAUGAUAUUAUUGACACUGAUUUAGAAGAAGAAUAUAUUCAAACAGAACCAGGAAAAUCCAUAAUUGAAAAUGAUAAAAUUGAAAUACUAGAUGAACAAAUUAAUGAUCAACAACCACCAAGUAAUAACAAUUUAGAAAACCAUGUUGAGUUAGAUUAUGAUGAUGUGGAUAAUGAUAAAGAGGAAUCUGCUAAUGAGACAAAUGACUUAAGACAUGAUGUUGAAGAAUUAAAAAAUGAUCUUGAAGAACAUGGGGGGACCGAUUUUCGAUCAGAUUCAAGAACAGAGGAAAAACGCGAUGAGAGAUCAAAUAAUGACAACAAAAGGGAUGAGAGAUCAAGUAAUGCAAAUAAUAAGGAUGAUAGAUUUCAAGCUGCUUCGGAAUCUAAUGAAAUUAGAAAUAAAGUACAAAAUGAUAAGAAUCAAGAUACCUAUAUAAAUAAUGAAAUUGGUGGUCAAGUGGAUGAAAUAUUUCAAUCUGCUCGAGAUUCUAAUGACAUUACAGAUGAUGUAGAAGAUAAAAUUGUUGAUAAUAAAUUAGGAGAUGAUAUUAAUGAAGUUGUACAUAUGAACAAUAAUAAAUUAGAUAAAGAUGCAGAUAUUGAAGCUAAUAAAAAUGAUAAUAGAAAAAAAUUAGCUGAAGAAACAAACUGUAUCAGAAACGAAGUUAUUGAAGAUAGGGAACGAGAAAAAGAUAGGAAAUAUGUCGAAGAUAGUGGUGAAAGGGCUAUUGAAGGAUUAGAAGAAGCUAAAGAAGUAGUAGAUGAACGUGCUGAAAAUUCAGAUGUGAGGUAUAAAGCAAGUAAUGAAUUGAAUUUAGCAAGAGAUAAAAUAAUGGCAAAUCCAGAAGUUGAUGCUUUUAAUAAUGAACUUGAAGAAAAAGAAAGUAAUACAGAAUCAAAUAAUGAAGGUGAUGUUGAAUUUGAAGAUGCAAUUGAUGCAUUGAGAAAAGAUCAAACUGACUCAGAAUUUAAUAUUCCGAUCCAUUUAAAUUAUCAAAAUUCAACUCAUCCAUUAUUUCCAACUGGUUCAGAAACAUCUACUAUUUUUGAUGACAUUUCAGAUAUUCAUAUCUCAAUAGAAGACUUAUUUGCAACUUUAAGAUCAUCAAGACUUGAUUUUGAUUUUCAAGUUUGCGAUGAAAUUGUGUUAUCAUUUCCGCAAUUGGGUAAAUGUAAGAUAACAGAAGAUAAUGUUUAUUGUAAAGAUUUAACAAUACUGGAUUUUAUUGAUUUAUUUAAAAGAUUAUGUAAAUGCACAAAAGAUGAAUCUAAAAUUCCAAAAUCCAUAAAUUUAGAAAUAUCAACACAGCCUAGAUUUAUCACAAAAUUUAAUAGCUUAGUAGAGAAUUUAGAAAAUAACGGUGGGUUUGAAAGUAUUGAAUUUGAAGAAAUCCAAUCUGAGACUAAGAAAAGAAAAUUAGGAGAUUAA